UUUUAAUUUUCCCGUCAUCCACUUCAUCCACUUGUAAUUUGCAAAUAUGCGCCAUUCCUAGGAAAUCUUACCGUCAAAUAAUUCCCUAGUCCUUAGAAUCUUGAGGCGCGCCACGUUGGCCACUUCCGGCGUCGUGUCGGUCCGCGGAAAAGAUACGACGGCCAUUUUGUAUUAUCGGUUUUCGCGUGUGUGCGUGUGUGGUGUUACGAUCGCCUAGGAUUCCUGCACUUCUUGAGCCGCGUAUAUUUGCUAAUUGUACGUCGAAUUAAGGAUCGUUUUAGAAAAGAGAGUCAUCCUUAAUAGCAACAAGUUUCCGAUAAUCCGGCAGGAAGAUGGGCCGCAAGAAGAAGAAGCAGUCAAGACCUUGGUGCUGGUAUUGCAAUCGUGAAUUCGAGGAUGAGAAAAUCCUCAUUCAACAUCAGAAAGCAAAGCACUUCAAAUGUCAUAUCUGUCACAAGAAACUGUAUACUGGACCAGGACUUAGCAUACACUGUAUGCAGGUUCACAAAGAAGCGAUAGAUAAGGUACCCAAUUCAUUGCCAAAUCGUAGCAAUAUUGAGAUAGAGAUUUAUGGAAUGGAGGGUAUACCACCGAAUGAUGCAAAAGAACAUGAGAGACAGCGAAACGGUGGUAGACUUGGCUCACCAUCAUCUGGCGAGGAUGAGCCAGUACAGAAAAAACCGAAGCCUGAGGGUCUGUUAGGUUCUGCGCCAGGAGCAAUGCCUGGCAUGGCGACUGGUCUACCCGGAAUGCCACCACAACCAGGUAUGCCGCCGUUACCUGGUAUGGCACCACAUCCAGGUAUGGCACCACAUCCUGGUAUGCCACCACAUCCUGGUAUGCCUCCUAUGCAUCCUAUGAUGCCAAUGGGCCAUGUAGGACCUCCGUUUAUGGGUCCAGGCAUGAUGCCGGGUAUGUCAGGUAUGCCUUCCGGUAUGCAGCCGCCAGUUUCGGGAGCAUCGAUCCCGCCGGCACGUCCUUUGUUCCCAAGUGCCGCUGCAGUCUCGACAGCAGCAUCGACGGCAGUGUCGGUGACCGGAUCUGCACCUCUCGGCACAGACUUUAAACCGAUCACAUCAGUGGCUAGCGGUGGCGGUUCAAUAGGUCCAGUAAAGCCGACAUUCCCUGCUUACAGUAGUGCCGGUGAUUCCAUUGGUGCUACUGUAACCAACAGCCUCGCUAAUAGUGGUGAUCAAAAGGUGACUCUUAUUGCAACCACUGGGGCUGCCAGUAAAAUCAUUCACCCUCCGGAAGAUCUCAGUCUAGAGGAAAUUAGAGCAAGGCUGCCAAAGUAUCAGCGUCGACAAACUGACGAAUCUGGACGAUCGGCACAAUCAGAGGCAGUGGUAACGGCGGUGAGCCAGCAGCAGCAGGCUGCCGCCCUGCAACAAGCAGCAGCGCAACAACAGCAAGCAGUGCAGCAACAGCAGCAGCAACAACAGCAGGCACAACAGCAACAACAAGCGGCUGCAAACGUGGCGGUGGCCGCGUUUCAGGCGGAUCAGCAACAGCGGCAGCAACAGGCGGCGGCGCUGAAUGCCCUGCAACAACAACAACAAAGGUUCCCGCGACCGCCGCAGGCGGUUAUGGUACCAGCCUCGGCCGCAGCAAUGCCUGUCAGCUCGGUUGCGUUGAUGGCUCCCUUAAUGCGACCCACCAUGACCCUAGCCGCGCCUGCUCUCAUUCAUGGAGGUAACAUGAUGCGACCGCCCCCCAUGGGCCUGCCACCAGGCAUGAUAGGGGCUCUACCUCCGGGUGCUGCGAUGCAUCCGGCCUUCGCCGCCGCGCCGAUGGGCUUUCCUGGACCGAUGCUGACGCCGAUGAUGCAUCCGCGCUUCAGAUGAUCGCCCCCCAUGGACGGGCCCAAUCCUCCGCCGCUGCACUUCGUGCUGUGGGCCCGCCCCUAAUUUUCGGGGACCGGACCCGAUCGAGGAAGAGAUAUACACAAACGAAAGAAGGACAGAAGGAGGAGAACUAAUAGAAAGAAAAA